AUGAAGAUCGUCUUCGCCUUGAGCUGUUUUGCGGCGCUGGUAGCUAGCGCCAAAGCGUCAAACACUACCCGCUCUUUGGGCGCGGAGACCUGGACUGUUACCAAUGAGCAUGGGAAUGUCACUGUGCCUGGUAAAUUCCCUUCUCAGGUCCAUCUUGACCUCUAUGCUGCUCAAGUUAUCAAUGACCCAUACCAUGGCCAAAACGAUUUGAAUCUGCGAUGGAUUUCUGCACAGAACUGGACAUAUACUUCAAAGCCAAUUCUCGGACUGACGAAAGACAAAAGCCUGUCUACUUGGCUCGUCUUCGACGGCCUGGACACCUAUAGCACCAUCAAAUUUUGCGAUCAGAUUGUGGCGACCACUGAUAACCAGUUUAAACAGUGGUAUUUUGAUGUGACGUCGGUGCUCGCUGGCUGCCAAAGCGAGCCUGUACUCAGCAUCAACUUUGGAGCGAUUCCAGCAAUCAUCAACAAACUAAACGCCAGUGGCAUUGAAACGUGGCCGCCGGAAGUUGUUUAUCCUUUCGAGUAUCCGAAUCGGCAAUGGGUGCGCAAAGAGCAGUCCGACUUUGGCUGGGAUUGGGGUCCGGCUUUUGUCCCUACCGGUCCCUGGCGAGACGGUCGCAUUGUCCAACUCAAGGAUGGAGAGGCAUACUCUCUCAACACCAACAUUGAUAUCUAUCGAAAGGGCCAGUUGAAUAAUUUUGCGCCCGACCAGAGUCAACCAUGGGUGGUCAAUGCCAGUCUCGAUUACAUCGGCAAUUUACCCAAGCAAGGCUCCCUGCAUGCAAUCAUUACAGAUGCCGAGGACAAUUCAAAGAUCUUAUACUCUGGAAAUUUGGAGAAUAUCACUAGAUCCAACAAAUCAAUCACGGGCUCAGUCGUCAUUGAGGGCACCAAGCCUCGACUCUGGUGGCCCAACGGGAUGGGUCAACAACCCUUGUACUCGAUCACCGUGUCGGUCUCUGGUUGUGGAACAAAUGAGCAUACUUUGGUGUCGCAGAGAAGAGUUGGAUUUCGAACUAUCCUUCUAAGCACCGGCAAUGUGACCGAUGACCAAGUCGCCCGCGGCUACCAACCUGGAAAUAACUGGCACUUUCAAAUCAAUGGCCACGAGUUUUACGCCAAAGGCGCCAAUAUGAUCCCCCCCGAUGCUUUCUGGCCUCGUGUCACAACCGAUAGAAUGAGCCGUAUGUUUGAUUCGGUCGAGGCACAGAAUUUUAACAUGCUACGAAUUUGGUCGUCCGGCGCGUAUCUGCCAGACUUCAUCUACGACCUGGCCGAUGAGAGAGGCAUCCUGCUUUGGAGCGAAUUCGAGUUUAGCGACAGCUUGUAUCCCGAUUAUCCCCAGUUUGUGCAGAGUGUCACUGACGAACUCUCAUACAACGUUCGACGCAUCAAUCAUCAUCCAUCCCUGGCUUGCUGGGCGGGCGGAAACGAAUUUGAGAACUUGCUUCUCCCCACGGCACAAGCUGUCGACCCAGACCGCUAUCCAUACUAUUUGGGACAGUAUGAGCACUUGUUCAUCACUGCCAUGUUCACAAUCCUCGCGGAGAACAGUCGCUCCAUCUCUUAUACACCUAGCAGCGCCAACAAUGGCUGGACCAAGAUCGACUUUUCUCUGCCAGUGCCCAUGGUUGAGCGCUACAAUAACAAAACCAAAGGCGAUCUUUACAGUAACACCGACUAUUAUAAUUACGACAGCAGUGUUUCCUUUGAUUCUAAUAAGUAUCCUAUUGGGCGUUUUGCCGUCGAGUUUGGCUUUACCAGCAUGCCAAGCCUGGCAACUUGGAAGGAGGCAUUGGGCCCGGAAGACUUACACUUUAAUUCCACCACAAUUACACUGCGAAACCAUCACUACCCUCCAGGUGGCUUGGAGACAAACUUGACCAUGGGCGCCAGGGGGUUGGCUGAGAUGACUCUUGCUGUCGAGAGAUACUACCCGACGCCAAACAAGGACGACUCCGCGGCAAACUUUAGCUCCUGGUGCCAUGCCACGCAACUCUUCCAAGCCGACUUUUACAAAUCCCAAAUCCAGUUCUAUCGCCGCGGAAGCGCCAUGCCCGAGCGCCAGAUGGGAUCCCUCUACUGGCAGCUCAACGACAUCUGGCAGGCACCCACAUGGGCCGCACUUGAAUACAGCGGUCGCUGGAAGGCCUUGCCUUACGUGACCAAACAGAUUUACAAGAACGUCAUUGUUGCGCCAUAUUUUAACAACACCUCCGGCGACUUGGAUUUUUGGGUAACAUCAGAUUUGUGGGACUCUGUGGCGGGCCAUCUGUCAUUCAGUUGGGUAGACCUCAAGGGCAAGCCAAUUGCAGACAAUGCGGGCAUGCCCAAGACUGUCAACUUCACCGUCCCCGCCAUCAACAGCACAAGUGUGUUGAAGACAAAUAUUGCCGACGUCAAACUACCAGAUCAAAAAGAUGCGAUCCUGUUGAUGUCCCUCCAGGCCGAUGGUCAUCUUCCCAACAACAAAACCGCAACACGAUUCACACACAACGAGUACUUCCUGCCCGUGUGGCCCAAAGAGGCCAAGUUUGCAGAUCCUGGUUUGAAGUUGUCCAAAGACAACGCCACAGGGGGCUUCAUCAUUGAAGCAACAAAGAGCGUGUCGCUGUACACCUGGUUGACUCAUCCAGAGGAAGUCAUCGGCUUUUUCGACCACAAUCUCUUUGUAUUGCUGCCAGGAGAGAAAAAACAUGUUGGGUUCAAGUUGCAGCAGGGUACUUCAGGCAAAGAGUGGAUGGAAAAAGUGACUGUGGAGAGCCUGUGGGACUUGACGACGCGCAACUAA